GGCUCAGAGACACUCGGCGCAGAGACACGGAGGUGGAGAGAGAUUGGUGGUGAGACCGAAGGAAAUACCGGAGAAAGACCGAGACCGUUUAGACAACACAACGGGGGUUGAAAUUUUGCAUACACCGGGAGAAGCGGCGAGGAGGAAACCGACAGCAGGGGAGGUGCAGCCAAGCAGCACAGAGGGAGCACAGCAAGAGAGAGCCACCUGGAGAGAGAAAGCCGGAUACAGUGACAGCCACACCGAGAGAACCUGGCCCCUGAACAGGCGCGGAUACCUAAAGCCGUGCCUCUGUGAGCCAGACAAGGCUGUACCGGGACUAGAGGCAAAUUUCCGGCAUUAACCUCCCCCGAGGGAAUAGCCAGUUACCGAGGCCCCGCGGACCCCCGGCCCCGGGAUGAUGUGACCAUGCUGACCGUGAGUGGAGCCGGAGCAGCCAUGAGUGGCCGAGAGCAGCAGGAGCCGGCGGGGAGCGAUGUCAGUACUGCAGGCCUUGUUCCCCCAAGCCUGGAAAAUGGAGACUCACCCAGUGAGAGGCGACAGACACACUCAAAGGAUACCGAGCGGGGCCGCAGAGUGACCCUGGUCUGCAGACACCCACGGGCAAGGGACACCAAAUACAGUGGGAGAAUUUCAAAGCAAGAAAAUUCCUCCCUUGUCCAUCAGGAGUCUCAUCUUUGUUCACCUCAAGAGGAGGAUCCACUUUCUCCCCGACACGAGUCCUGGGGCCGGUCCAGCAAUUCUUUUUGCAGACAAACAGGAGGGCCACCAAGAUUGGGUGUUGAUGGAAUCAUUGCACUACUACAGAGCAAAUGUGGCAACGGACGUGUCAAUCUUCAGCCUGUUGUGCGAUUGAUGGAUAUCAUGAAGGACCUUAGCCAGCUGUCCAACAAUCUAAGAUCCAGUGGUGUGCGUUUGGACUGCUCACAUGUUACAAGUUCUGCUUCAGAGCCAGAGGAUGCAGAGCCAGGAUUGCAGUAUAGUUUUUUCUCUUCCCAAAGCCUUGCCUGUGGCCUACGAAGCCCUGAGGAAAAGGCCACAGAACCAAUGGAGAAGGAAGCCAACUCUCUUUCUUCCAACUCAAUGGAAUCUGCCAAUUCUGAUGUCCUUAGAGAACUAGCGGCACUUGCCUGGAUGGACCCACGGCCCACAGAGUGUGAAAGAGAGAAGGAGGGGGUAACGGGCAGGAGACAGGAAGAGAAUGGACUUAAUCCGGAUGAGGUGUCAGGGGAGGGGAAAAGGGAUGAACAGGAAGAAGAAUCUGGGGAGGAGCCAGAUGAAAGUAAAGAGGAGGAGUCAGAGGAGGAGCAGGAAGGAAGUAAACAGGAAGAGGAGUCAGGGGAAGAGCAGGAGGGAAGAGGGCAGGAAGGAGAAUCUGGUGAGGAAAGUAAGAAUGGAGAGGAGUCAUCGGGGGAGGAACAGGAAGGGAAUAAACAGGAAGGGGAGUCAUCAGGUGAAGAGCAGGAGGAAUGUAAACAGGAAGAUGAGUUGUCAGAGGGUGAGCAGGAAGAAGAACAAAAAUUAAAAGAGCACGAGAAUAAGCAAAAGUUGGGGGCAAAAGUAAAAUGGGAAGCAAAGCAGGAAGAGGCUAGGAUAUAUCAGGAUCAGGGUAUGACCAUUAAACAGGAAGAGAGGACAGGGGACAGGAUGGUGGAUAGCAAAGAGGAAACAUCGGAUGAUGAGAGUAGACCAGAUGAUAGGGGAGUCACAAAAGGGCAGAAAUCAACAGAGAGUGGACCUGUGGUGGAAUCACAAUUGGAGACAGAAAUGCCGUGGAUGCUUCCACUCUUUUCUCCCACAUCAGAGACUCUAAGACGAAUGCCAUUUUCUCAUCGUGGGGGUCAUAGAUUUGGAGCUAGAGGUCGCCGAGGGGAUAGGCCUGGUAGAGGCAGAAGAAGGAGGCCUGGCAGGCCACGAGCAUCAGAAAGUAGUCUGUCCCGUGCAUUUGUGAUGCCCCCCUACCAUCGAACACCAGAUGAACCAAGGGCCUACAGACCACAUGAGCACAACACACUUACUAAUACUACACUAAACCAGAAACCCCUUGCAAUACAACCUGCAGAAGAGGGUCCCCCACAGAAGCCAAAGCGACGAGGUGUCCGCAAGAUGGUGGUGAAGAUUGCCAAGAUCCCAAUGCCUAUGGGAAGAAGAAACAAGACCAGCUACAAAGUGUCAUCUUUCAGUAGUACUGUGAGUGUAGAAGGGGGAGAGUUAAUUGGGGGCUCUGGCCCGGGUCCCACAUCCCUCCUGAAAAUGAAGAAUAAUGGACGUAAUGUUGUUAUGGUUUUCCCACCUGGCGAACUACCAAUUAUACUCAAGAGGAGAAGAGGACGCCCCCCCAAAAAUCUAGUGCUAGCACGGGAUACCCCUCCAUUGCUGCCACAGUUACCACCCAACGAGCCAACUGCACCACCCUCUCCAACUCCCCAGCCAUUGCCCUCAUUGACAGAUGGAGAGUUAGUGAAGAAGAGGAGACGGAGGAAGCAGAAGCUGCCAUCCCCUCAGCCUUCCUAUGUGGCAGAGACUAAUGAUAGCAAAUCAGAGUACAGUGAUGUGCUGGCAAAACUUGCAUUCCUGAAUAGGCAAAGUCAAGGGACAGGUCGCACUUCACCACCUCGCUGCUGGACCCCAACCCUGCCAGAAUCUGUGCAUCAGGCCCCUGAAACAAACAAUAUUUCUCAAUAUCUACAUAAAGUACAAGGUUAUCGCAGACGAGGUGGCCGUGGUGGUGGUCCAGGACGUAGAGGAGGUUGUAACAGUCACAAUGCAGAACUGUCUCGCUGUUCCUUUAGUGAAUUCUUUGAGGGCAUUGGAAAAAAGAAGUCAAAGCCAAGGCCUGUUGACCCAUUGAAGCCACGCAAACGGAGACAGCCACGAAUGGAGCCAGACCCGAAUGCUAAACCUAAACGUAAAAGGAGGUCACGAAAAAAUGGGGCUUUGCUUGGUGAUAUGGAAGGAGAGAGUGGCUUUGGUUAUCAGAGUAUAUCUGAUUGGGGAAAUGAGGGCAAAGGAGGACAGUGGCUCUCUCAACUCUCCCACAAUCAGUCAGGUGGUCGGCACUGCAACUACCAAGGACCUGAUCACAGAGGUUUUUCAGCACUGCACAGUGGUUCACCAAAUCGCCCAGGUUACUACACAGGAGCUGGGUCUGUUUCACAGGCUGAAGGAGGAGGGCAGGAUCGACAUGGUCUCUUCACAGGAUACUUCCGCUCCCUCUUGGACUCCGAUGACUCGUCCGAUCUUGUAGAUUUCUCCAUUUCUGCCCAGAGGCAAGAAGCCCGAAAAUCAGCAUCUACUUUUUCUGGAUCAUCUGCUUCCCCAAACCCCAGGGCACUCCAGUCCUUUUCCAGUUCCCGAGGAGCUAAAGCCAGCACUCAAGAUUCACCAUACCAAAGUUCAGCACAGGCCAGGCAACAAUUUCAACCAAGUCGAGGAACUGCAAAUUAUUCAUCACUAACCCAACCAGAAUGUCGUGGAUCAGAUGCCUUCCAGAAGCUGCUAUCACGCUCUCCAACUUCACAACAUGCGGGAGGUUUUGGUCAAUAUGGAGGCUUUCCUGGACCUAGUGGGCAGAGUUUGUCCAGUCAUGGAGUGUUUGCCCCAAACAAACAGUAUCCAGGACCCCCAGACUGUAUAAGCAACAAGGACUGCAGCUUCUCUUACAGUGGUGGGGGCAAUAGCCUCCCUUCAUCACCAGGAAGUGCCCACAGCAGCACAGGAUUUAGCCAACAGCAGCAGCCAACAGUGGGGUCAGGUAUCACUCUUUCCAAAAACACCUUCUUCAACACAUCUGAAAUGCCUAAUUUCCCACCAAUAAGAAGUGAGAGCCGCUCAGCUACGUCUUCACCUGCUGGAUACAUGCUACCUAAAGUUUCUGGGCCACUUUUCCCUGGGGAAAAUAACCGUACCUUUACAGGCUCUACAGCAACAGGGCCGUGGGGCUUCCGACAGGGCUAUGGCCAGGCAGACUGGGGACCUGACAGCUUUGGUCAGCUAUAUGGCCCAGGGUUUGACUGCCACAUGGCAGAGCCCAACGUUAUUCUGGAUAUCAGCAACUAUACCCCACAGAAAGCCAAGCAGAACACAGACAACUUGUCAGAGUCCUCAUCAGACAGCACACAGUAUACACAACCUGGGGCUGGAUAUCGAAGAGCCAAUAGCGAAGCCUCAUCCAGUGAGGGCCAGUCAAGCCUUUCCAGCCUAGAGAAGCUCAUGAUGGAUUGGAAUGAGACAUCAUCUGCCCCAGGGUACAGUUGGAAUCAAAGUGUGCUCUUCCACCAGGCAGCAAAACCAGGCAGAGGGCGAAGGAAGAAAGCCGAUAUGUUUGAACCUUCCCACCAACAUCAUCAUUUGGGAUUCUCUUCAUCAUCUCCCUCCUCUUCCUCCUCCUCUGCAGCUGCACCACCAACAGGCUUUCCCACCAAACGAGGAGGUGGCCCUAGGGGGCCGAGGGGUGGCAGAGGGGGAGGCUGUGCAGCUAGCAAGAAAGAGAGAGGCUCAGGCAAGGCCAAGUUUGCUCCAAAACCACCUGUUCCACCUCCUUCAUCCUCUAUAAGCUCUCUUUUCCAGGAGACCUCAGACCUGGGACUGGACUGUUAUAGUGGGGAUAGUAGCAUGUCACCUCUGCCCUCCCACUCGCGGGCGUUUGGCGUGGGGGAGAGGGAGCCACCUUGUGAUUUCUCUGGACCUUAUUCCAUGAACCCAUCCACCCCUUCUGAUGGCACAUUUGGGUUUCAGAGUGACUCCCCUGGGCUGGGCCCUCCUUCCACAGACUUAGAGCCUGUCAAACACUUUUCCCACAUAACUACAGCUGGCAACACCACCACUGGUGGCCCCCAUGCUCCACCACCACCAGGCUUGGGUUACGACCAUCCCUUACAGGACUCUCCCUUCUCCCCAAACUGCUCCCCUACUCUUGAGCUAAGGCCAGGGGAGGGAAGGAAGCUAGUACCCCCUCCUCACUCAUCCUGUGAUCCCUUGAAGCACAGUCUGCCUCCUCAUUUGCCCUCUUGCCGGGAGCAGCUGCCUCCGCAACCCUCAACUCACCACCGUUAUGAGCCUCCCAGUUGCAAGAAUGCUAGUUACUGGUACCCACCUAGAAGCCCCCCUUAUGAUGGCAAAGGGGGCUUACUCUCAGACUUUAUGGGCAGGAGGGGGGAGGGGGCAUCCUGCCUGAGCCCCCACAUCCCCAGCCCUAAAAGGGACAAAGAGACGCUGGACAUGGUAAGGGGACACCAUAGAACCCCAUACCCUUGCCCACUGCUCAGCGAUAUUACCCACUCCCCAGUGCAGAGAGACUCUAUGGUGCAGCUCCAGGAAACCUAUCGCUAUCCUGCCUUCCCCCCACAGGGUCCCCCUGUUUUGUCCCCACCCAAUCUGAAAGGUGGGUUCCUGGGACCUGAGAAUAUCCCCGAGGACAACUUUACAGUCACCUCCCUUUAGUGGUGGUGGCAAGCCUGGAGUCGUCAGGAGCAGUGGAGGCCAUGGGGCAAGCUCAGACCCUCCUCCCUACUCGGAAGACAGAAGAAAUGCAGUGGGAUCCCCCCUCUGAGCCUGAAACACCUAAAUCAUGUGUGCGCUCCCUCUUCCUUCCUGAGCUCUGGGACCCCCUCUUUUCCUAAAUUUGCCCUUUCAGAAAGUUUUUUUUUUUUCUUUGUUUUUUUUUUUGUUCCUUUUCUUCACAAAACCAGCAAAAAUUGUACAUAAGAUUUUUUUUUAAUGUUUAAAAAACGAAAAUGUGGAGGUGGGGAAUGUUUGGGGGAGGGGUGGGGGAGAGAGUCGUGUUUACGCCUCAUAGCUAGUUGCAUACCAUGCAUUGGCAUCUCUUAGAAGGAAAGGGUAAAAUAACCCCCAGCCCCCCCUCACAAACCCAUAAUCCUGCACCAUUAACUCUAACCUCCCUCCCCUCCCCCAUCAACCGGCUGCACUGAACUUGCGUAUGUAACCUACCACCACCACCCAUCGGCGGUUAAAACUAUUUAUUGUAAAUAACAAGGAUUUCUCAUAAAUUGUGUAUUGUCCAA